AUGUGUGAUGAAAUAGACGACAGUUUUUACAGCCGCCAACGCUAUGUGGUUGGCGAUCAGGCCAUGCUAAGUUUAUCAACUGCCAGGGUCUAUAUUUGCGGCCUCGGUGGUGUUGGUGUCGAAAUUGCCAAAAAUCUGGCACUUGCUGGUAUCAAAGAUCUCAUUAUUGACGAUCCCAGUAAAUUUUUCAGCUUAUUUUCGCCAAAAUUUAGAGCUGAAGCAAGUCUUAACGCCUUGGCAGCUCUCAAUCCGUACGUUAAUGUGACGCUUUCAAGUUAUUCGCUUACAUGUCAGAAACACAGACUUGAUUCCCAACUGAUCGAGGCUUGUUUGCGCGACGUUGACUGCCUAAUUCUUACUGAUUGUCACAUUUUUUAUGCGGCCUUCCUUAACAAGGUGUGCCGCGAAAAUUCUAUCCGGUUUAUAUACACAAAUACAAUGGGCGUUCUUGGUAACAUCUUCUGCGAUUUUGGAACAUCAUUUACUGUUUUAUCGCCGGAUGAAGAGCCUCCAUUAGAGUUUUUCAUUGAGAGUAUCGAAAAUGCUGAAAGGCCGAAGCUGGUAAUCAAGGGGCAAAUUUCGCAUAAGUUACCCGACUUUUGUUCUAUCGUUUUCCGUGAAGUCAGAGGCAUGACUGAAUUAAAUGGCCGAACGGUUAAAGUGAAAGUUAUAUCACCCCUUGUCAUUGAACUGGAUAUUGACACCAGAAACUUCGGAAAGUUUACUGGCAGCGGCAUAGCAACUGAAGUUAAACCGACGCUGGUCGUCUCACACAUUCCUCUUGCCAAGCAGAUUGAAAAGCCGAGCCUUUCUUCUACCGACCUUGUUGAUCCUGCCUCCAGCUCUCAUGCUCACGUGGCCUUCAUAACGCUCAUGAUAUUUAUGUAUGAGAAACACCGACUCCCAAGAACGUGGUGUAAAAAGGACAUCCUCUUAUUUACCAAGUUGGCCGAACGGUUCUGCUUUUCUGAUUUGAAAGUUGACACCCAACUGCUUGAGAAGAUCGCCUCCACGUGUCGUGGUCAGCUGGCUCCUCUCUGUUCCUUCUUCGGUGGUGUGGCCGCUCAGGAGGCCAUCAAGGCGGUGACUCACCAGUUCACACCCCUCAAUCAAUGGAUGUAUCUUGUUGCUGACGCUGUAGUACCUGAGACGCUUCCGCAGGCCCACACACUUCGUCGAAGUUCGCGUUACGAUCCAAUAGUUGCGUGCAUCGGGCCAGAGAAUAUGGAGAAGCUCGUGAAGGCCAGAGCCUUUGUAGUCGGUUGUGGUGCCAUUGGUUGCGAACUGCUGAAAAUAGUCGCGCUUUUGGGCCUGUCAACCGGCGUGGUGAAUUCGCAAAUAAAUAACUCGGAUUCCUUCAAUCCGGACGAGGAAACCUCUGAAGCCACCGCUUCGUUUGCCUCAUCCGAUCUCGAACCACCGCCUCUCGUAAUUCGUAGUUUGCGUCAGUUGGCCGAAGAGUUGAGCUUUCGUGACGUCGGCGUCAUCCGGGUGCAUCGGGCCGAGGUCUCCGCUCUCCGUCGCCACGAGCCCGGCUUCGGCGACACCUCCGCGCUCGAUCGGCCCGUGGGCGAGCUGCGGACGGCCACGAGUGACUCGGACUCGCAGAUUGUGCGUCUAAGGCCCGUCCCUGCCGCGCAGCCACGAGAGGCCACCAACACAACCGGACCUCGGGGCGAACCGGCUGCGGAUUUGGGUGACACCUCCCUCGUGAAUCCCCUGCCUCUCCUUAGUAAUGGUUCAGUGACCAAUUCUGCCUCAAGCGACCAUCGCUUUGAUGAGAGGAAUAAGUUGGCGCCUUCCUUUGAGGCAGAUCCGAAUUACCACUUUUUCCUCUUUUCAGGUCUGCGGCUGCCAAUGAUAACUCGGGCAAGUUUAUUCAUAAGUUCGCACAGUGACUACGACGCGGAUUUGGAGUCACUGGCUCAGCAACCCCGCUCGUAUUCGGUGCAAAUUGCUGACUCAUGCGCCGGCCUAAUCUCGAAUGCGAAUGCGAGCAACUCCGGGGAGCCCUGUGUCACUGUUACAGAUAUGGAUUAUAUAGAGAAGUCCAACCUCAAUCGGCAAUUUCUCUUCAGACCUGAGCACGUUGGUCUUGCAAAAAGCACGGUCGCUGCUCAAUCAGUGCGGCAGAUUAACCCCGCCCUCAAAGUCAACGCUCUUGUAUCAAAGCUUGGCCCCGAAACUGAGCAAACUGUGUUCACCGACGCCUUCCUUCAAGCGGCAGCUUCCGGAGACGACAAAGCAAACUUGCCGAUUGUCCUGGCCGCACUCGACAACAUUGAGGCGAGAAAUUACUUGGAUGCUCGAUGCGUCGCCAAUCGGCUCGCGAUGUUUGAGUCGGGCACGCAGGGCACGAAGGGCCACACCCAGGUGGUCUUCCCCGGUCUGACCGAGUCGUACUCCAGUCAGGGAAACUCUUCGUCAGGCGGAGCAGAUGGCGAUGGGGACGCGAUCCCCUACUGUACUCUCAAGUCAUUCCCUGCGAAACCCGUCGACUGCAUUGAAUGGGCAAGAGAAAAGUUCUUCACACAAUUCACCCUGAAACCACGUGUCUUGGAACAGCUUCUGAAGGCUUUUAGCUGCUCUCCUUCUCAGUUGCUUACCGCAUUCAAAUCCGUGAUUGUAGAGGGUUCUGAGGAGGAGGCUGCCUUCGAAAACCCCAACCAAAGAAAUCUCAUCCACCAAUUAACAGGCUCCCAAGUCGCCUUUUUUAACAGCAGGCCGCGUACAUGGCAGGACUGCAUUCGCGUGGGACGGGAGAAGUUUGAAAAGUACUUUAAGCACAAGGCCUUACAUUUGCUUUACAAGUUUCCUCCUGAUGCAACUGUCGAGGACGGAAAGCCCUUCUGGCAGUUGCCACGCCGUUCUCCAACACCGAUUCAGUUUGAUGCGUCAAACCAGCUGCAUACCCGGUUUGUGUGGACAUUUGCUCGCCUCCUUGCCUACCAGUCGGACAUUGAAUUUCCUGCGCUAGAAUCGAAUACGCCUCCGUCGUCCCUGAUUGCCGAAGCACUUGCUGAUUUCACCCCAGCGCCGUUUACUCCAUCACAGAAGGAGGUCGUCACUGACACCUCUGUGAAGGCUAAACCGGCUCCUGUGGAGCCGCUUUCGGACUCGAAAGCAGAACUUCAAACCCUUCUCAAGGUUGCCAUCGAGCGGCUUCAGAGUCGUGCCGAUCGUUUGAUAACAUGCCGCCCAAUUGAGUUCGACAAGGACAACGAAGCCGAUGGACACGUCGACUUUAUGGAUGCCGCCGCCAAUCUCCGGGCCCAGAUGUAUGGUCUUCCAAUUACGAGUCGAUACGAAGUUAAACGAAUCGCUGGCCGCAUCAUUCCUGCAAUAGCUACCACCACGGCAGCCGUGGCAGGUCUAAUCAGCCUAGAAUUGCUCAAGUAUGUCUGCUGCCGCAGCUCCGAGAGUCUCCUUGCUUUGUCGCGGAACCAUUUCGUAAAUCUUUCUCUUCCGUCGACAAUGUCCGUCCUUCCGGCACCUUGCCGUUCGACGAAGCUUCCAAAUGGCAUGCUUUACACAAUAUGGGACCGUUGGGAACUGCAAUUACCAUCGCUGCAGACCAGUCUGAAAGAUACCAUUGACGCUAUCAAGGCCAAAUACGGUUUGGAAGCAUCCCUCAUCUCCCGAAAAUCUCGGCCUAUCUACAUGUCAGGCUUCCCGAAGUUUGCGCCAUGUCUCAAAAAACCAGUGCUCUCGCUUAUUGAGCCUGAACCGGGGGACGCAUACGUCGACCUAGUGAUCGCCUAUGAGGCUGGAAGUGAGGACGCCUUGGAUGUCGAGGGACCGCCUUUUCGUUUGAUACUUCCAAUACCACCUUCUUCCGACUGA